GGGAAACCCUCUCUCUUCCCAGUCCGCUCGUCCACCAGCCUUGACCGCCUCCUCCGCUCCCCUCCGCUCCUGCUCCUCCCCAUCCCCCACUCCCCCGCAGGAGCGGCGGCGGCGGCGGUAGUCGGUGGCUAGGUGUAUACCUCACCUCGGCGAGCGGCACCGGCGGCGACAAAGGCAAGAUGUUCGGGCGCGCGCCGAAGAAGAGCGACAACACCAAGUACUACGAGAUCCUCGGGGUGCCCAAGUCCGCCUCCCAGGAUGACCUCAAGAAGGCCUACCGCAAGGCCGCCAUCAAGAACCAUCCCGACAAGGGCGGCGACCCCGAGAAGUUCAAGGAGCUUGCACAAGCUUAUGAGGUUUUAAGUGACCCAGAGAAGCGUGAGAUUUAUGAUCAGUACGGUGAAGAUGCCCUCAAGGAAGGAAUGGGUGGAGGAGGAGGCCAUGUCGAUCCAUUUGACAUCUUCUCAUCAUUCUUUGGACCCUCUUUUGGAGGAGGUGGUGGCAGCAGCAGAGGCAGACGGCAAAGGAGGGGAGAAGAUGUAGUGCAUCCACUUAAAGUUUCUCUGGAAGAUCUUUACAAUGGUACCUCAAAGAAGCUCUCCCUCUCGCGCAAUGUUAUCUGCUCGAAGUGCAAGGGCAAGGGCUCCAAGUCUGGUGCUUCAAUGAGGUGCCCAGGUUGCCAGGGUUCAGGUAUGAAAGUCACCAUCCGCCAGCUGGGGCCUUCCAUGAUACAGCAGAUGCAGACGGCUUGCAAUGAGUGCAAGGGGACUGGAGAGAGCAUCAAUGAGAAGGAUCGCUGCCCAGGGUGCAAGGGUGAGAAGGUUGUUCAGGAGAAGAAGGUUCUGGAAGUUCAUGUUGAGAAGGGGAUGCAACACGGCCAGAAGAUCACCUUCCCCGGUGAAGCUGAUGAAGCGCCUGAUACUACCACUGGAGACAUUGUAUUCGUCCUCCAGCAGAAGGAUCACUCCAAGUUCAAGAGAAAGGGUGAUGACCUUUUUUAUGAGCACACAUUGUCUCUGACUGAGGCUCUCUGUGGGUUCCAAUUCGUUCUUACACAUCUGGACAACAGGCAGCUUCUCAUCAAGUCAAACCCUGGUGAAGUUGUUAAGCCUGACCAAUUCAAGGCGAUAAACGAUGAGGGGAUGCCAAUGUACCAGAGGCCUUUCAUGAAGGGCAAGCUCUACAUUCACUUCACUGUGGAGUUCCCUGACUCGCUGGCGCCAGAGCAGUGCAAGGCUCUUGAGGCGGUUCUUCCACCAAAGCCUACGUCCAAGCUGACAGACAUGGAGAUAGAUGAGUGCGAGGAGACCACUAUGCACGACGUGAACAACAUCGAGGAAGAGAUGCGCAGGAAGCAAGCUCAUGCUGCCCAGGAGGCGUACGAGGAGGACGAUGAUAUGCCUGGAGGUGCUCAAAGAGUGCAGUGUGCGCAACAGUAAGGAGCCUGCAGGGUUUGCGCGAACUUUUGGACCCAAUGUUAUCUCUCUGGUUUUGGUUUUGUCGUCGGAGUUAUGAAACAGGGAAGCAGCUGCUGAUUCUGAUUCGACCCCUGUAAGAGGGGGAAUGUAUCCCUUUUUGCUGUAACUGAAAAAAUGCUACCCAGGCGUAGGUGGCUACUUGUAACUGUUUUGUGAGACUUUGUAGGGUGCUUUCUAUAUAGGCAACUUAAUGUUUGCUGAUGGUACAGUAUGAAGCACAUUAGAGUGCAAUGACUCGAUUACCUGACGGCAUCGCCGUUCUGCAUCGAAAUAUUUUAUUCGGCUGGAUGCUGUUGAUCGUG